AAUUGGCUACACUUCCCACACCGAGACCGAUCGAAUAACGACAGCAAAGCAAUCCGUACAUUUCAGUACGAGGCUAUAGACCGCGGACGUUCGGGACACGUCCCGAAUUGAGAUAACGAAGUUGGUGACGCCACAACAUGGCGUCCACCGACACAUCGACCUCCAGCAGCCAAAUAUCCGCCGUAGUUUCUGAGGAACACAAGCGAACAGUUGACGAGGCGUUCUUAAACAGAUUAAAAAGCCUGGUCGAAAGGUUAAGACUUGAUAAUGCAACCUUGAAAAAGUCGCUUGACAUCGAGCGGAGCGAAGUCAGAGCGCUUAAGGCACAGCAUGACAGCACACUUAGGAAUUUGAAGACUGAGUACAGAAAGAAAGAGGAAAUUCUAGAGAAACAGCUCAGAACAGCACCGAAACCCGAAAAAGCAAGUGAUGAGACACAGUCAUGUAAUAGAUUAGUAGAGCUUAAGAAGUUAACUACAGAAAUUCAGUCUUUGAAAUCAGCGAAUAAGGGUCUUCAAGAAAAACUCAAGGUUGCUCAAACGGCGGAGUGCGCGCGCGCGGCCGAACUGCGUGCGCAGGCGGCUAAGCACGCAGCGCUGGAACAGGCUGCGCGGAAAGAUGCGCGCGCGCAGUGCCACAAACUGCUGGAGGAAAUAAAAUCGAAAGAGAGGGUGAUAAUACAAUUGAGGAGGGAAGCGGCGCGGACGGCGGCAUCUCAUCAGAAUGAUCAGACGCAAAAAAUGGAGUGCGGUUCUACCGAACUCAGCAGGAAACUGCGUGUUGAUCAGGGAAAAGAGAAGAGUAACCGUGAAGAUUUGAAAACAGAUAUACAACACAGAAAGGAAACCUUCUAUAGGGAGCCCCCUUCAGACGAGGAUUCAGCGGUGUCCUCUGCGCCCGCCUCGUUGUCACCCCAACCGCUCAACGACAUGUGGUCAUGCGGUCAGUGCCGCGCGGCAGCUGAGCGCGCGUCGGUGGCAGCGCGCGAAUGCACGCGCCUUGCUGAUGAACUGCGUGACGCGCGCGACCAACUCGAGCUCAUGGAGUUCCGAGUGCUGGAACUGGAGGACGCGCAUCCUAACAAGGGUGCUAGGGACAACCUAACAGAUUCUGACUCAGGCUGCGUGUCCCCUGGCUCCCGCAUCAAAGACUCCGCAUCGCCAGAACUUAAACGGAUGGAUUCAGGGUACAAAUCACCGCAUACUCCUAGCAGUCCAUGCAAUAUCAGGCGACAAAUGGGCACGCCACAUGACGACUUUAAAGAGGACUUUGCCAAGGCACAGGUCUUAGCCGACAUUCUAGAUAGAAACUCGGAAACCAGUGACUCAUUGAAGAGUAAUCCCGUUAAGGAGCAUUUAGAGCAGAUGAUUCUUAAUGCAGCUUCGGCGGAAGACAGAACGUGUUUGGAGCAAGUCCUGAUGUUACUUUAUAACUUUCAAGCGUUGAGCAGUUCUGUUAGCGAAGAUGAAUGCUACCAGACAAAACCGAAAAGAAUAUGUGAUUUGAAACAGAAAUCCGAAACUGACAUUCCAUCGCACAAAACUCAGAAAGCAAUCGCUACAGUCACACCUUAUCAACAAAAAGGUCUUAAAUGUGAGUCGCUCGAGAGUCUGUGUAGCGAAGAAAGGAAACCCAAUAAUAUACUGCAGGAAAGUGGAAUCUUCGAAGGUGUCGAAACCGAGUCAAGAAGUACUCAGACUGACGUCAACGAAAGUUUCGAGUACACAGGUGAACUAAACACUGAAAUACAACGACUGAAUAGUAUUAGAGAGAAACUUGAAAGGCAAGGUGUUAGAAAUAGGACAUUAAGUAGUAAGGAGGAUGGCGACGGCCUGGAGUGCAGGUGCGUGAAGUUGGGGAAAAAACAUAAACAGUAUUAUGAGAGGAGGCUAAAGUUUUUGGAAGGAAAGAUCUCUAUAUAUGAAGCAGCACAGGACGUUAAAGAAUCCAAGUUAGCUCAGAGGUUGCAGAAGGAAUUUCUGUUAGAAAAUAGAAUACAGGAUCUCGAAUCGCAGCUUUUGGUACUCCAAGACAAAUAUGAGAGGUUAGAAGAGGAAUGUUGCGAAUUAGAAGAAAUUGAAAAUGAUACUCGUCUACAUUGGCAACAACUUGAGAUGGACUAUGAGCUCUGUUCAGCGCAAUUAAGAGACAUGACGGAGCAGAGGGAAUGUUCUAGAGCACAGGCUGAGAGGCUGAUGACUGAGCUCUCUAAGAGGGAAUGUGCUUUAAAAACAAGAGAAAACGAGCUUCUCACAAGGUUAGAUAAACUCGAGAAAGCAGUACCAGCGCUGAUAGCAUGGAAUGUUGUGCAAACUAUUGGAGCUAGCUUAUCUACAGGUGGACAGCGUGCUCUAAUGAACCGAAUGUGCUCCUACAGUACAGACACGAAAGCUUUCAUAUCUCAAGUGAAGCAAGAAUCGCACAAAGAUGAAACCUGUGGAGCGUUAGUUGUUUGGAAUGAUAUUAACACACUGCCGGCUCCUUCUGUGAUGCAUUUACAACAACAGAUAACAAAACUUAUAGGUGAAAAGAAGCAAAUAGAAGAACAAACCGCACAAUUAAAGAAGGUUCUCGAGGCAAGAAUAAAAAAUUUGGAGGAAGAAUUGGAGACGGCCAACAGGCAAGUUGCAGCUACUUUGUGUGGUGCUGAGGUUAAGAAAGAACAAAUAGAAGAGAAGAUCCAAGAACUAGAAGGAAAGAUCCAAAAAGAGAAAGAAGAUGAGAAGUUACCUGUCGACCCUGCAAUGGGUAGUAAGAUCCGCGCUCUGCUGAUUAGUGAACAAGAUUUAAAGAGCAGGGUAGCGGAACUUGAACGAAGAGAGACAGCGUAUCUGGAAAUGUUGACUCAAGCGGACGAUAUGUGGGCAGAAAUGGAGGGAGGGUACAAGAAGAAGAUUGAGGAAUCGCAAGCUACGGAGAGUCAACUGAAAGGGAAGGUCAAAAAGUUAGAAUCUGAACGAGAUCAUUGGAGGAAAUGCCUUGAGCCUCUAAAAAAGAAGUUGAAAGAAGUAGAAGAGUCAGAAUCGGGUAUGCGCGUGGCUUUGGAGAAGGCUGAGAGAGAUGCUCAAGUACUCAAAACGCAGAACACUAAUCUAGCAGCUAUGUUCUCUAAAGCGGAUGCCGAUGCCAAAAAAUCUGAAACGGCAUUUAAGAGUCUUGAUGCAAAGUUUAAGAAAGAAAUAGAACAGCUUCGAAAAGUUAAUAGACAAUUGGAUGAUGAUCUAAAUAAUCAAAAAGAGUUUUCGAAAAAGACCGAAGUAGCCUUUAUGGGAGAUUUGGAGUGUAUCAGAAGAGAACUAAACAGAACAUGCAAGAAUAAUCAGGAACUGGAAGUAACGAACAGCGAACUCAAGGAAGAGGUUGAAUCUCUGGAAAAGCAGUUAGCUCUGACGCAGAAAGCUUUAACGCAGUGCAAAAGAAAGUGCGAUGAAAAAUUAAAGACAAUAAGUCACGAGCUGUCGAUUAAAACUGAGGAGUUAGAAGAAAUGAGGAGCGAAUCUAUGAGGCAGACCUACCAUGCGUCUCGGGUCGAGUUGAAACCGGAGAGAACCGAAUACGUAGACGAAGGAUACUCGAUAUACACCGCAGUACCCAAAAAAAUUGAUUACGGAAGAAUGCACCAUAGUAUGAGCUACAUAACGUCCGAUACGCGUUGUUCGUGUCCGUCUAUGAGGAGCCAACUAGUCAGCCAACUGAUCGAAGAUUUGUUCGAACGGAUCCACAACACAGUUGACGAUGAUUUGACGAAGUUAUGUAAAGAGAUCUCUCCGUUGGGUAGAGAAGUGACUGUUGAAACCAAAGCGAAAAUCACAAAUUACCUCUUAAUGGCGAUAUCUAAGGAGCUCGUUAGGUCUAUUGGGGACGCCGAUGCUAAGACUGAUACAGAGGAGUGGCAGCGCGCGGCGUCGUCUGUGGCGCAGUCGGAGGGGAGCGCGGGUAUAGGUGCGGGUUCGGGUGCUGUUGACGGCAAUGCGGGAGUAGUGCGCGGUGCGGCUCGACUGGCGAGCGUAGCAUGCGCAUGUGCAGCCGCCCGACUGUGCGCCGCACUGCCGCACCUCGCAGACCGUGUUAACCUCUGCCAGCAGGAAGUCUUGGAUCAUGGCGACGUUAAGAUUAUGGAGGAACAAUUAGCAAAUGCCAUUGAAAGUAUAGUUAAUUGUCCAUCUUGUGCGUUGGGUACAAAUGCGAUAGUUUGGAGCACGGAUGUCUAAUGCAGCCAAUCGUGCAAAGUUAUAUGUAAACCUCCACCGACCUCACUCUGGUGCCUUCAUUAGUAUAGCCAGUAUAUUUACGAAGUGUAAAUAAAUUUGUAUAAUAACAAUACUCUUUAAUAAUAACUAUAAGCGAAACAUAUCGAACAAUCGUACCUACAUUUCGAAUAUAAGAAUUUUAUAUUUUUUUCGACGUGUUUUAAAUAUUAAUAUAAAAUUUUUAUUUGUUUAAUUGUUUAAACUCAUCGUUUCCGUGCCAACUGUUUUUCAAAUAGUAUGUAAAUAGAUGUUUCUAUUUUGACGAAUCAAUGUUAAUUUUAUCUAACAUCACUCACAAAUUAGAAAUUUGUAAUGACUACUUUGUAUAGUAUUAAAAAUGUUUUAAUUUACG